AAACUUCGAGAUCAAAAUUCAUCUUUGGAUAGUACUUCAUCGGAACCAUCCUACGAAAAUCAAGAUCUGGAAUUAUCUAUAAGAUCGCAAUCUAUCUCUAAUAGUUCUGAGUUAUCUUCGGAUAAUAAUUCAUCAUGUGAUUCUAACUCCAAAUCGCCUACUAAUGUAUCGCCUAAUCAGAGGCACGAAACUCUUUGCUCCGCAAAAAUUCCUUAUAAUCAAAAGGUAGAGCGAGGUUUAAGACUUGAGCUAUCUAUUUGCACCAAAGAUAAUAACCACAAGAUUAGUAAAGUAUUUGAUAUUUUCGAGGAAAAGAGCUCCGCUCCUCAGAUUCCUGAAUUCUCUUUAGAAGCGAUUUUAUCAGGAUCUAGUAGCGUUACGUCACAAAAUAUAGUUGAUCUAUUUAGGACAACUGAUAUGAGUUGCCAGGCACAGAGUGGCAUUUCUUCCGAAAUAAAAGUGAUCAGCGUGACAAAUUGUCACGCGCAUAUGUCAGAUUUAUCUAGCUCAAACGAUUCAUCAGCAGAACUGGCACGGUCAAAAUUACCAGAAAUCGAG